UCAUCGAUGAGUAUUCAACACAGUUCUAGCUGUGGUGGUGGUGGGAAUGUGACGUCAGAUAAAAUUAACUAGAGACCAUCUUGUACAAACCCAGGCCUGGUUUCGAGUAGUUUUGUGCAAACCGCUUUUGUGUUGUGAUAAUAUUUUAUCCACAUUUUACGUGGAUUUGGAAGGAAAUUCCGUCAACUCUAUUUUCAAUGUGUAUGGCUAUUGUGUAUCUUGGUGAGACAGUACUCGCAUACAUGGAGUUCCAUUUGGAUAGUUCAGAAUAUUGCCAGGCUCAACACAAAUAAAUUUGUAAAAGAGAGGAAAUAGAAAAGACAAGCGAAACCUAUUGAAUUUAGUCAUUUGUUUAUUUAUUGCAUUGCAUUGUAUUGGAUUUACCUCAUCAAAGGCCAAAUAAAACAAAACAACAACAACAACACAAGGAAAAUUGGACAGUGAUAAUAAGGGAUAUUUUAAUACUGAGGAUUGUUCAAAAGUUAUGACCCAAAGUGUAAAUAAUUCACAAACGGGCCAAAUCACAUCAGCCGCGAUGCGUCAAAAGGACAGACUCGAUAUUAGACCAGCUGCGGCCGAGAUUGAGCACAAGGGCUUUAAGUUCCUCAUCACAGAUAGACCUUCCGACCAAACUAUACACACGUACAUACAGGAGUUGAAGAAGCAUAAUGUUGCAGCGGUGGUAAGGGUUUGCGAUCCGUCAUACAAAAUAGACGAGUUAAAUAAUGAAGGGAUUCAAGUCUACGAUCUCGGUUACGCUGACGGUACCUAUCCGCCAAAGGAAAUUGUCGAAGGAUGGUUUAAGGUGCUAAAAAAACAAUUCCAGGACAAUCAUGACACCUGCGUAGCGGUUCACUGCGUCGCAGGGCUCGGCAGGGCCCCCGUCAUGGUUGCCAUGGCCCUCAUCGAACUAGGACUCAAAUACGAGGAGGCCGUCGAACUAAUUAGGGAGAAACGUAGAGGUGCAAUUAACGCAAAGCAAUUGGGAUUUUUGGAGAGGUACCGUCCCAAGCAACGGCUAAAAUCCAAAAAUGGGCAUAAGAAUUCCUGCUGCGUACAGUAAAUAAUCUGUCAUAUUAAUAUGUGUUCAAUAAAAAUAAAAAAAAAUAUGAAACAACAGGGCACUUAUAUAUAUUAAAAUAUAUAUACUAAAAAUUAGAGUACGUUUUUGACAAAACUAGAGAGAUCAUCGAUGGGUUCUUUAGUUUUCUGAAAUAGCGUAUAUACCUAGAUAUAUGUAUGCAUAUAUAUAUAUGAAGAAUGUAUAUACAUAUGCAUUUUUUGUGCAACUGCAUAUGCAUAUAUAGGUGUAUAUAUACUUAUGUUUUCAGUAUAAUGUGUGAAAUACGUAAAGUAAAUAUUGCUUAUUUUGUGAAAAAUCACGUGAAAACAAUUUUUUGGAACAAAAUGCUUUCGAAAAUGUUCAUUUUUUUUAAACGUAGAUAUAUAAGGGUCAUUUCACUUGUGGCUCCACCUAUCACAAUUAAACUAAUUUAUUUUUAUUGUAUUAAUUGUGAUAAAUGGGACAGAUUUAUUGAGAUGGCCCAUUAAAAAAUUUAAUUUUUGUAUUUGUUAAAUUUUUUUAGAUUAAAAAUUUAUUGUAAAAUUUUAAAUAUGAGUUACAUUGAACAUGUACGCCUCUAAUAAUAAGUAACUAUUAAUCAUAAUCGUUGAUAUGUAUUUAUUGAAUUAUUGUUCACGAAAAUUAUUUUUUUUUAAGAAUUAAUUGACGAGUAUAACUAGUUUUUGUUUGUAGGUUUAUUACUGAUUAUUGUAGUAUUUUAUUUUAAUUGUCAGCAGCUCUCAGUUGCAUCAAAUUUUAUGUUAAAAUAUAUGAUGAUUUUUCUAUUGAAAAUAAUCGCCACCAAUGUUUAUGCAACAUUUAUUUAUUAUUGACCGAAUUCAACUCAUACAGUCAUUGAAAAUCACUUAGCUUUCCCAUUUUUAUGUAGAGUUCUGGAAAUAUAUAUUUUAUUAUUAUGGAUAUACAAAAAAACCAUGACUUUUAUUAUAUCCUGAAAACAAUAAAAAAACAAUAAAAUAGAUAUAUACAA